AUGCUGCUGCGGGUGCGCGCUGCCGUGGCGCAGCUGGCGGCGGGGCUGGGCGCGGGGCCGGGCGCGCAGCCCCCCGCAGAAGGCCGGGGCGGCGGGGCCGGGGCCGGGCGCGGGUCGCCGCCGCCAGCCGCGUUCUGCCGGCCGGCCUUCCUGCAGCUGACUCCCGAGGAGCUGCGCCGCGCCGACGACCACGCGGGGCGGGCGGUGCAGAGCCCCCGCGACGGGCGCCGGCGGCUGCCCUGGAGCACGGGAUACGCAGAGGUGAUAAACGCAGGGAAGAGCCAGCACAACGAGGACCAGGCGUGCUGUGAGGUGGUGUUUGUGGAGCAGAGGCCCAGCCCGAGGGGCUGCCUGUCGGCCAGGGAAGGCAGCGGGGAGCUGGACGGGGGCAGGAAAGGUUUUUAUUUCCACUACUGGGCGUUGUUUGAUGGCCACGCAGGCAGCGGUGCUGCUGUCAUGGCAUCCGAGAGGCUCCACCUGCACAUCUGUGAGCAGCUCCGGGAGCUUGUGGAGAUCCUGCAGGACCCCUCCCCACCUCCCAUCUGCCUCCCACACGACACACAGACCGGUUCUGCAGACCCAAACCAGAUGUCCAAUGCAGAGGACCGUGGGGAGGUCCCCAGCGAUGCUGUGCCACGGUUUCACCUGGAGAAAGCAGUGUCCCGUGAGAGCCUGGUGAUCGGUGCCAUUGAGAAUGCCUUCAAGCACAUGGACGAGCAGAUCGAGCGGGAGCGCGCAUCCCAGCACCUGCCCGGGGGCUGCUGUGCCCUGGCUGCCAUCUACCUCAUGGGCAAGUUCUACGUGGCCAACGCUGGUGACAGCAGGGCCAUUAUCAUCCGUAAUGGGGAAAUCAUUCCAAUGUCCAGGGAGUUUACUCCAGAGACAGAGAGGCAGAGGCUGCAGUUUUUAGCACUGCUGAGGCCCGAGCUGCUGGGGAAGGAGUUCACCCACCUGGAGUUCCCCCGCAGGAUCCAGCCCAAGGAGCUGGGGAAGAAGAUGCUCUACAGGGACCAGAACAUGAAUGGCUGGGCUUACAAAAAGAUAGAAGAGGAUGACCUGAAGUUUCCACUUAUCUUUGGGGAAGGCAAAAAGGCUCGAAUGAUGGCCACGAUCGGGGUCACGAGAGGCCUGGGAGACCACGACCUCAAGGUGUUCAGCUCCAACAUCCACAUCAAGCCUUUCCUGUCCUGCUUCCCAGAGGUCAGGGUUUACGACCUCACGCAGUACGAGCACUGCCCUGACGAUGUCCUGGUGCUGGGCACGGAUGGGCUCUGGGACGUCACCAAUGACGAGGAGGUGGCUGCUGUGGUGAUGGAGGUGCUGAGCAGCUACGAGCCCAACGACCCGUGCAGGUACACCAUGGUGGCCCAGGAGCUGGUGGUGCGCUCACGGGGGGUGCUGAAGGAGCGUGGCUGGCGCCUGGCCAAUGACAAGCUGGGCUCUGGUGAUGACAUCUCUGUUUUUGUGAUCCCCCUGGGUGGCCCCGGCAACUACACGUGAUGCUGAGUGAGCCUGGGGCAGCUCACCUUGCCUGCAUGGA